CGCCUAUCGGGUUCAUCAUCAGCGCUGCACUGCUGCCACGCCAAAGAUCACAGUAACCGGCGUAUACUCGCUGUAAAUCCUCACGGAAGUGAAGUUUGUGGCACAUUUGCUCUGGAACCGACGACAUUGUUCGGGAUGCGGUGUCCGCAAUAGGAGAGAAAGAGAGACAGAGAACAAGGAGGAAUUCCCCCCUUCCCAAGAGUCCUUGUGUGUCUCUGGAUUACCUUCAGUGGUGGAACGAGCAGACACAAAGGGACACACAGAGCGAUACAUGGUCCUUUCCAGAAAAAGCCUGCACCCCGACCCCUCACUCCAGUGACCUUCUGUAUCUUCACGGCCUCCCCAACCCCACCUGUCCUGAUCAAAAACACUCAUCCCUUAACCCCGCCUCAUAGCGACUGUUACCAUGGCAGCAGCCAAGCCGAAAGGCCAGAACUCUCUGGCUCUCCAUAAAGUGAUCAUGGUCGGAAGUGGUGGUGUGGGAAAGUCAGCUUUAACUUUGCAGUUCAUGUAUGAUGAGUUUGUGGAGGACUAUGAACCCACAAAAGCCGACAGCUACAGGAAGAAAGUGGUUCUGGAUGGUGAGGAAGUCCAGAUUGAUAUUCUGGACACAGCAGGUCAGGAGGAUUAUGCGGCUAUCCGGGAUAACUACUUCCGCAGCGGGGAAGGUUUCCUUUGUGUCUUCUCAAUCACUGAACUUGAAUCUUUUGCAGCAACUGCUGAUUUCAGAGAGCAGAUUCUGCGGGUGAAGGAGGAUGAAAACGUCCCCUUUCUGCUGGUGGGGAACAAGUCUGAUCUGGAGGACAGGAGGCAGGUAAACGCAGAUGAAGCCAAAGCCAGAGCUGAUCAGUGGGGCGUUUGCUACGUGGAGACGUCUGCUAAGACCCGCGCCAAUGUAGAUAAGGUUUUCUUUGAUCUCAUGAGAGAAAUCCGUGCCAGGAAGAUGGAGGACAGCAAGGAGAAGAAUGGAAAGAAGAAGAGGAAAAGUCUGGCCAAACGAUUCCGUGAACGAUGUUGCAUUUUAUAGUCUCAGUGGUUUCAUUCUUCUUCUUUUAGGUUUUGCAUAUGUAUCUGUAUGUUCUAUAUUUUGCCCUGUUAUCAAUCUGCAGUGUGUUUUGUGUCAGAUGUGGGUUUGAUGCUUUGAUACAGGAUUGAAAAAGUAUAUUUGACUUCCAAUAGGGAUCUCCUAUGUGUCAAUGAUGAUGAUCAGAAACACAUUAUUGUACCAUGUGAACUUGGAUCUGAAAAGCUUCAAAGUUAGUGUAAUGAGGUUUUUUUUGGCCCACCUGAGUUACUAGCCCCUAUUCUUUCCUAUUGAAUUUGGGAUCAGAUACCCUUCUUAAAAAUAAUAUUUGGCCUUAAAUUUAAAUGUAUGAUACGACAGUAACCCCUGAAGUGUUUAUAUCUGUAGUGUUUGAAAUUACUUAUGGGUAAAGUGAUUUAAAACGGGAACUUCCUGAUGCUUUGGUAAACAUUGUCAGUGGGACAUGCACUUUUCAUCCUCAUAAACCCUGAUCAUUUCAGAAUUAUAGAGGCAGUUAGCGGGAAAGGAAGCAGUUUUUGCAUUUUAUUGUCUAAGCCGCUUGUUAGAAAAAUCAGACUUUUCUAUUCUCUGCUUGCUAUUGGAAGCUUAAAAAUGUCACAGCGACAUUGGGUUUGGUCCAGGUGUGUACUAUGGCAAUAUUGUGCUUUUGUGAUGUGUAAAUCCAAAAUGUCUGUUUGGACUUGUGUGCUUAUGAUACGGACAUCCAGAUGUUUCAAUUAGCAUCUUAAAAAAACAUUUGUCCUUUUGUCUGAUUUGUUUUUAUGUGUAUAUUGGCAGUUUUUGUUCAUUUCAGCCAUUUACAAAAUGCAUUUCUCUAAUUUAAAUAGGAUUCAUUAUUAGUUAAAAAAUGAUGUGAAGAACUGGCUUACUUUUUAUUCUGCCAUAGUGUUUCAUUGCAUUUUAGAAAUGAAAUGCUAUUAAAUGCUAGAUUUGUAGUUGAUCAUAACCGAUUGUUUUGGGUGAAAAAGUAAAGGUUCACUGUUUAACUACUGCUUUCAAGACUCUUAGUAGAAAAGAGAAAAGUGGAAUCACUUGAAUCACGUUCCUAAUUUGUCUCUACAGCUCAAUGGCUGUCUAUUUAUGUGAUGUUAAUAUUUAAAGAAUUAAUGAUCAUACAUCAUUUCAUUCAAAGAAAGAAAUUCCCCCUAUGAAUGUUUGGUUACUGUAAGCAGUAUGAGUUAACUCAAGAACCUCCUGUGAUUCAUGUAAAGAUGUCACACCAAAGGUCAGUGAAGUGCUGGUUUACAGUUGACUUUAUCUGCUGAAGUUUCAUGUAUUAUGGGGUUAU